CUUACCAGUUAGUUAAACACUAAAAGAUUGAGAGAGAGAGAGAGAGAGAGAGAGAGAGAUGAUUAUGGAGACGGAGGCCAUUGAUGCAGAGGCAAUACAAUUGUUGCAAGGCCAAGCAGAGAUAUGGCAACAGAUGCUGAGCUUUGCAGACUCUAUGGCACUCAAAUCUGCUGUGGAGCUCCGCGUAGCUGACAUCAUUCACUCUCACGGCUGCCCAAUCAGCCUAUCCCAAAUCGCCACCGCCAUCGACGGUCCGUCCCCGGAUGUCAUUAGCCUGGGGCGCAUCAUGAGAUUUCUGGUCCGGAAAAAGAUCUUCACUGCAAUCAACGGCGGCGGAGAGACCCUCUACGGGCUGACCCACGCCUCUAAAUUGCUGGUGCGUGAUGCUGAGGUGAGCUUGGCUCCAAUCGUACUGAUGGAGAGCGACCCCAGGGCAAUGGCCCCUUGGCAUUAUUUUAGCAGGUGCGUGCGAGAAGGCGGGACUGCGUUCGAAAAGGCUCACGGCCAAGAGAUAUGGGAGUAUGGUUUUGACAACCCAGAUUUCAGCAAGGUCUUCAACGCUGCAAUGGGAUGUACGGCCAAGGUCACCACUACAGCCAUGGUGACUGCUUACAGAGAUGGGUUCCGUUCCAUUGGGUCACUGGUGGACGUGGGAGGCGGGAUUGGGACAUCCAUAUCCGAGAUCACCAAGGCCUAUCCACACAUCAAAGCUAUCAACUUUGAUUUGCCACAUGUGGUGGCCACAGCGCCCGAGUACCCAAGAGUUUCCCAUGUUGGGGGCGACAUGUUCAAGUCUGUUCCUGAGGCUGAUGCAAUUUUCAUGAAGGCGAUCUUGCAUGAUUGGAGCGACGAAGACUGCGUGAAGAUCUUGCAGAACUGCCGGAAGGCAAUACCGGAGAAGACAGGGAAGGUGAUCCUAGUGGAAGUGGUUCUGAAGCCAGAAGGUGAAAGCAAGUUUGACAACGCAGGGUUUGUGUUGGAUCUGAUAAUGCUUGCUCACACUUCCGGCGGCAAGGAGAGGACAGAGGCUGAAUGGAAGCAAGUGCUGGAGAAAGGAGGCUUCCCACGCUAUAACAUCAUCUCAAUCCCGGCUCUGCCCUCCAUCAUUGAGGCCUAUCCAUACUAGACUAAUCUAUCUCUUUCGAACCACCUAUAUAUUUGACUUGUAUUUGUUGGGUUUAACCCGACUUUGAAGCAACCAAUUAAAAAAAUAAAUAAAUAUGAACAUAAAAAGGUUCAUAUAGUAUUUUAUGUACACUUUGUGUACUUCUUGUCUUUUCCUUUGAUCACAAACAAAAGCACUUGUCAAUUCCCUUUAUAACAUUAGAAAUCUUCUACUAUUGCUUGUUCUAA